AUGGGAGGUCUGCUGCCAAGUGUUCUGAUUGGCUGGUGUGUGAGGGUCAUUGCCAGGGGUCAGAGAUCAGUGGUCACAGUGGAGUCCAAGGAUGAGGUUUCUACUAAUCACUUUGAAUGGAGUACAUGGUUCAAUGUGGAUCACCCUGGGGGUCAAGGGGACUAUGAGCACCUGGAUGCAAUCCGCUUCUACUACCCCGAGCGUGUGUGUGAUAGGCCCAGGGCCCUGGAGGCCCGCACCACUGAGUGGAUCCCAGCCCACAGCACCGGGGAGAGGGUGCACAUUGACCCUGCAGUGGGUGUCUGGUGCGCAAAUGCAGAGCAGCCUUUUGGUCACAACUGCUCCAACUACGCCGUCCGAUUCCUGUGUCCCAAAGAAUCCCCAGUUCGGGAUGGAUGGGGUCCCUGGUCAGACUGGAGCCAGUGCUCUGCCCUGUGCGGUCAGGCGGCUAUGCAAGUGCGGUCCAGGAGCUGCAAUCUACGCGCACCCCAGAGGGAGAAGCAGUGUAUAGGCUCAACGGUAGAAAGCAGGACAUGCAAGGGACCUCCCUGCCCAGUGUGCACCUUGCAGUGUGCAAUGGGCAAGGUGAAUGCAGAGUGCGACACCUGCAUGUGUGAGAAUCAUAUCUUGCUGGGCUCCGUCCGAAGUGCUGGAGGACUCCCUGCUCCUGGGGCUGCCCUCCUCCUGUCAGGACCCACGCCUAAACUCCUCACCCUCGCUGACCACAAUGGCCACUUCCGCAUCCCUGGCAUCUGCCCUGAUGGCAACACCACCCUGACUGUUAGGCUGCAGAAGCAUGCCCCCCUCGCUGUGGUCGUGCCCCAAAGCACCAAACGUACCUCCGUCCUCCAUUUGAGACUGAACAGAGCAGACAGACUGCAUGUGCUGAAGAGCCCUGAGCAUAAGGUUCGUAGAGAAGGCCAGACGGUCGCCCUCUGCUGCAAAGUGGGUGGUACGCCUGAACCUGACCAAUACCAGUGGUUUCACAAUGGCAGUCUGCUGGACAGGAAGCAGUUGAAGUAUGACAGCACACUAGUGUUGAGGAAUCUGCGCAAGGAGCAGGCAGGAGAGUACUACUGCAGAGCAAGCAAUGAAAACGGAGCCAUCAAGUCUAAGCCGGCUCUCCUCACAAUUAUAGGUCACAAGGAACCUUCAUGCAACCCUAAACCGGACUCCCACCUGAUCCGCCUGCCUCAUGACUGCUACCAGAACAAGACCAGUUCUUUUUACUAUGAUGUCGGGAAGUGCCCCAUGGGGACAUGUGCAGGACAACUAGACAAGGGGAUCCGCUGCAAGGACUCCAUAGCAUACUGCUGUGGUGUCACCAAGAUGGAGGAGAGACAGAUAUUCUGCCAAGGUUACCAGCUGCCGAUCAUGGCGGUCACCCAGUGUGGCUGCCAGAAGUGUGUGGACAGCAAGGCCACAGUCCGUGGAAGAGUAAUGGCGGCAGACAAUGGUGAGCCAAUGAGGUUUGGGCACAUCUUCAUGAAUGGCGCGAGAGUCAGUCGCACAGGAUACACGGGCCUGUUUUCCAUCCAGGUGCCUCUGGACACAGAGAGGCUGGUGUUGACUUUCGUGGACCACAUGCAGAAGUUUGUGAACACCACCAAGGUUCUGCCUUUCAACAAAAAGGGGGGAUCUGUGUAUCAUGAGAUCAAGCUGCUGAGGAAGAAGGCACCAGUGACCCUGCGCUCAUCAGAGACCAACAUGCUCCAGCUAGGAGAGGUGGAGGGGCAGGACCCUAUAGCUGAGAUUCAGAUCCCACCCAAUGCCUUCUACCGGCAGAAUGGAGAGAUGUUCGUGGGGGAUGUAAAAGCCAGUGUCACUUUCCUGGACCCUAGAGAUGUCUCCACAGCAGCUGCUGCCCAGAGUGACCUCAACUUCAUUGGCGAAGAAGGUGACAUGCUGCCCCUGAGAACCUAUGGCAUGUUUUCUGUAGACUUCUGGGAUGACGAGCGGGGUGAACCUCUGAAUGCAGGUGAGGUCAAGGUGCUCCUAGAUUCGGCCCAGGUGAAGAUGCCGGAGCACUUGAGCACCAUGAAGCUAUGGUCGUUGAAUCCAGAGACGGGUCUGUGGGAGGAGGAGGGUCCUUUCCAAGCAGAAAAAAAACACAGAGGAAAACGGGAAGAGAGGACCUUCCUCAUCGGGAACAUGGAGAUCAGGGAAAGGAGGCUGUUCAACCUGGAUGUCCCGGAGAACAGGAGGUGCUACAUGAAAGUGCGGGCCUUCCGUAGUGACCGCUUCAUGCCCAGCGAGCAAGUUGAGGGAGUGGUGGUAAGCUUGAUCAACAUGGAGCCCUCUGCGGGCUACUCCUCCAACCCCCGAAGCUGGGGCCGAUUUGACAGCGUCAUCACAGGUCCCAAUGGUGCCUGCCUGCCAGCCUUCUGUGAUGACCAGAAGGCAGAUGCAUACACAGCCUACGUCAUGGCUAACUUGGGUGGAGAGGAGCUAGAGGCAGUUGCAUCCUCCCCUAACCUCAAUCCCAAUGCCAUUGGAGUCCCCCAGCCCUACCUGAGCAAGUUCAACUACAGGCGAACUGAUCAUGAAGACCCUAAAGUGAAAAAGACAGCCUUUCAUGUGAACUUGGCUAAGCCCAGCCCUAAUGUGGCUGAAGAGGGCAAUGGCCCCAUGUACUCAUUUGACAAUCUGAAGGAGUGCGAGGAGGCCCGCUUCAGCGCAGGACACUUCCGUUUCUACAGGGUAGAAGGAGACUGGUAUGAUUACAACACUGUGCCUUUCAAUGAGGACGACCCCAUGAGCUGGACAGAGGACUACCUGAGCUGGUGGCCGAAGCCCAUGGAGUACCGAGCCUGCUACAUCAAGGUCAAGAUCAACGGCCCCGAUGAGAUCAAUGUACGCUCCAGCAACAUGGGCGGCACCCACCCAAAAACUGUGGGCCAACUGUACGGCAUCCGAGACACGCGCAGCAUCCGUGACAAGGACCAGCCCAGCAUCUCGACCGUGUGUCUGGAGUUCAAGUGUGGCGGGAUGCUCUACGACCAAGACCGCGUUGAUCGCACUUUGGUGAAGGUGAUCCCCCAGGGCAGCUGCAAACGUGACAGUGUGGGACCCAUGCUGCAGGAGUACCUAGUCAACCACCUACCCCUAGCCGUCAACAAUGACACCAGUGAGUUCACCAUGCUGGCACCACUCGACCCUUUGGGCCACAACUACGGGAUCUACACGGUAACAGACCAGGAUCCUCGCACAGCCAAGGAGAUUGCGCUGGGGCGCUGCUUCGACGGCACCUCUGACGGCACCUCUCGUGUGAUGAAGAGCAACGAGGGAGUGGCGCUCACCUUCACCUGCGCCGACCGGGAGGUGACCCGACAGAGCGUCUUCCAGGCCCUGCAGAACUCCCCGGGACAGUCUCCGGUCAGUGUUGUGAGGGAGGGCAGGCGCAGCAGGAGGCAAAGAGGGAGUGCAGCUGGUGCCCGCAGUAAUCGCAGACGCAGCACUCGAAACCCUCUCCCCACGCGUAACAGAGCAGCAGGCUGAAUCACCAGGAUGAAUCCCAAGGCCCAGUUCCUAGUCCAAAUCCCCAGGCUAAGCACCAAGGUCAGCAGCUCCUUAGCCGAGUCCCCAGGCCCCAGUUCAGCAGAAAAGCUCACACAAAAGGAAACACAUUCACA